GUGCGUGCGAUUUUAGGGGGGGUGGGGGUUGUGUCUGAACCAGUUAGGAAGAAUGACUCUGGAGUCCAUCAUGGCGUGCUGCCUGAGCGAGGAAGCCAAGGAAGCCCGGCGGAUCAACGACGAGAUCGAGCGGCAGCUGCGCCGGGACAAGCGGGACGCCCGCCGGGAGCUGAAGCUGCUGUUGCUGGGCACAGGAGAGAGUGGCAAAAGCACCUUUAUCAAGCAGAUGAGAAUCAUUCAUGGAUCAGGUUACUCUGAUGAAGACAAAAGGGGCUUUACAAAACUUGUGUACCAGAAUAUAUUUACAGCAAUGCAGGCCAUGAUCAGAGCCAUGGAUACCCUCAAAAUCCCAUACAAGUAUGAACAUAACAAGGCUCAUGCACAGUUAGUUCGAGAAGUCGAUGUAGAGAAGGUGUCAACUUUUGAGAACCCGUAUGUAGAUGCAAUAAGAAGCUUAUGGAAUGACCCUGGAAUUCAGGAGUGUUAUGAUAGACGACGGGAAUAUCAGUUAUCAGAUUCAACUAAAUACUAUCUUAAUGACUUGGACCGCAUAGCAGACUCCACUUAUCUGCCAACUCAGCAAGAUGUGCUCAGAGUUCGUGUCCCAACAACAGGGAUCAUUGAAUAUCCUUUCGACUUACAAAGCGUCAUUUUCAGAAUGGUGGAUGUAGGAGGCCAGCGAUCAGAAAGAAGAAAAUGGAUCCAUUGCUUUGAAAACGUCACAUCGAUCAUGUUCCUAGUAGCUCUUAGUGAAUAUGAUCAAGUGCUUGUGGAGUCAGACAAUGAGAAUCGAAUGGAAGAAAGCAAAGCACUCUUUAGGACAAUUAUCACAUAUCCAUGGUUCCAGAACUCUUCAGUCAUUCUGUUCUUAAAUAAAAAAGAUCUCCUGGAGGAGAAAAUUAUGUACUCCCAUCUAGUUGAUUAUUUUCCAGAGUAUGAUGGACCACAGCGGGAUGCACAAGCGGCACGAGAGUUCAUCCUGAAGAUGUUUGUAGACCUCAAUCCAGACAGUGACAAAAUUAUCUACUCCCACUUCACAUGUGCUACAGACACAGAGAAUAUCCGCUUCGUCUUUGCUGCUGUCAAGGACACAAUCCUACAGUUAAACUUGAAGGAGUACAACCUGGUCUAACUGUGCCUAGAAGGCCCUCCAAAACCAACUUUGUGUGAUUAAAAAUGUACAAGAGGGACUGCAUUAUCUGUGAAAACAAUUUGCGUAAUACUAAUUUAUUGCUGGCCUGGACUCUCUGAAUGUCCACAGAGUUUGUAGUUAAUAUUAUGAUUUUAUUUAAACUAUAUGGAGGAAAACUAAAAGAUGCUGAAGUACAUUCACAGCACAUUUCCUCAUUUUUUUAGGCAAAACCUUGUGACUCAAUGUGUUUUAAAUUCUCAGUCGUACAUUUACAAAACAGCAGUUUUUUGCUAUUGAAGCAAAAUCAAGCUGCUUUCAUUUUUCCUCGACCCUUUCUCUCUCUCUCCUUCCUCUCCCCUCCUUAUCUUUUACAAGGUACAAUGGCCUUUUUUUUCCCAGUUGCAUUCCUGGGUGAAAUAUUUUCUGUUUGGUGAUUUGGACAAGAAAAUACAAUCAUGAGAAUUUAAGUCAUCAGUCAUUCUGAUUUUGCAGUAUGUAGUGUCUCUGAAGGAUCAAAAGUAUUGAUACUGUGAUUUUUAAAUUUUGACAUAGGUGUUUUCAUUCUGUCUUCGCUUUUUGGACUAGAGUAUUGAGAUGGCAAAAUAGAAUUACAGUUGUCCAUGGAUAUUAAAUUUAAUUGUAUUUUCAUAGUUUGGAAAGGUGCACAGAAGACAGUAAUGAAAUAACUCAGACACAACCUGGGAAGUAUGUGAAAUAUGUUAGAAUCUCUUUUUGAUUGCCAUGUGCCAUUUUUUUUCUCUUUUACUUUACUCAGAGAUGCCAAAUAGAAAUGUCAUUGACACUACAUUUCCCCAAUGGCUACAGCCUGAAACAGUGGGUUAUUUUUUUUUCCAGUUGUGUGGGAUUUUUUUUCUUAAGUUAGGGCUUUUCUAAGUGUUCUUUUUUCCACAGUAAAAUAAUUAUUUUUAUUUUAUAAAUUUAAUGUUGCCAAAUUUGGCUUUUUAUAAAAACAGUGCUCUUGAAACAUAAGAUACUGAUUGAAAUGCCAGACUGAUGGGUUGGGAACUGACCUGAUUGAAUCAACUGCCAAAUGGUAAAAGAGUUUCAGCUUCUAUGUUCCCUUUCUUAGAACGUGUUCCAUGCCAAAAACAUGCACAUGCAUGUGGUCUACUAAUUUAAAGAUAGUUUAAAUAUCUCCUUAUGUCAGGUAUGGCAUGAGAGAGUUUUCUGUAAUAAUAUCAAGGCACCUUUAGUUGUAUAACAAGAAAAACUAUUCAUGAGAGAUCACAUUCAGGAGCCUUUCUUUUUAAGGUUGCUUGUUAACUAACUGAUUCACAGAGAUUUGAUGGGCUUUCAUGAAAAACAGCCUCUCUCAAUGUUCUUUAGAAAAGAUUUAUUAAUGUAAGUAAAACAAUGAGGAAAUAACUCUUGAAAUCUAAAUGUGCAGUUUUUUAACCACAAAAAUGCAGCAUGCAUUGAUGAUCCUUUGUUCUGCAGCUUGGGUUGAAAGGUGUUUUUUGACCAGGUGCAUGAUAUCUAGCAAGCUACGGAAAACUCAGAGUUCAGGCAUGAAUUGGAUUGAUCAUCUGCAAUGCCAAGUAGCACUAGAGUGCACUUAACACAGAAAUUACUGCUUCAUAGCAGCGGAUGGGAGGUGGAAAAAAAAAUAAUGGCUUAUUAGUUGAUUACCAAAGUUAACAAUAAAUACUAAUGAGACAUUUUUCAUCCUUUACUCUCCCGACUCCAAAACAACAAUAGUAAGAACAGUUGCUGGUUUUUGCUCCCUCUUAAAACACCUUGUAAUUUAAAACUGGUUGUAGGUAUAGUGCAAUUAUGAAUGCUAUAAUCAUUGUACAUACAUCUAUAUAUAUAUAUAUAUGGCAGCAUCCAUAUUGGCUUUGUAAUCAUUAAUUUUUGGCAAAUUGAAUGUGCUGUAUUGAUAUGUAUCUAUGUAAUUGUAUUGUAUGUCUUAUAGCUAAUUCACAUUUUAAAUAAUGUUAUUUUAUUUACUUUUUUAAGAGAGAAGAAUGUAAAUUUUGUCAGUUUAUUUCUGACUAGGGAUUUGUUGUUUUUUAUUUACAAAACAAAAAAAAUUACUAUAGUACAGAGUGGUACUAGCAUUGUGCUGUAUAAAAUCAUUUGCACAUUCCUGAAUAGAAGUAAAUUGGAGACACCCAGACAGAGACCAUUCACAUUCAAGACAGUGCUUAAGUCUUUUCAGGGCAAUAUUACAGGUGUAGAAACCAAUCUUACUAGAACAAUUUACUCUGUUAUAUCCAGGAUUGGAAUUUAAGCUUUUAAAUUUAAUUUAUAUUUGGCAGAUUCCUCUUGGGUUACUUUUCUCAUAGGUUUUAUUAGACAAGCAAAUUUAGAGAUAUUUCAAACCACUGUACUGAAAUAUUAAUGGGUAUAUGCUGUUGCCCUAAAAACGCCAUGAAAAAAUGUGGAACACCAGGUCGAUCAAUCUUUCAGAAAAUGCAGGAACCUUGGAUAUAACAACAAUAACAAAAUCACUAUUAUUACUGUUUUCAAAGAGUUAAAACAUUUUAUUUAAUACAGGUAAAGCAGUUUGUAAAAAGUGACACUGACAUUCUGAAUAGGGGAUCAGAGCAGUGACUCUUACAUACAGCAUUACGAAAUUGGUCCUGUUCUUGCUAUAAGUGCAGCAGAGCUUCUGUUUUCACAGUUCCACUGUUGAUGAUGUCCCUUCUUUUAACCUGGGAAUGGGUUGCCCACACUGGAUUCAGUGCUAUAAGUGGAACUGUAGCCAAAAAAGAAAGGAAAAAAAAAAAAGAAGAAAAAAAAAAAAAAAAAAGAAAAAAAGAAAAAGAAAAAAAGAUAAUGGUGUCUAACAAAGGUUGGGGUUUGUUUGUGUGGUUUUCUUCAUUUGUUUUGUUUUGUUAUAGGAUAUUGGAUAGGGGAGAAGGAAAUGUGGUUCUGAGUUUUGUAUAAAAUCAAACAAAAGUUUACUCAUGCUUUAUAGUUAUAUUGUGAUUGCAAAAGUUUUCAGGAGUGUGUGCCACUGGGCGACUUCUGAUGUAUUUUAGGUAAGUUGAACCUGUGGCGAUGUUUAAGUCAUUUGAGCAUGUUCUGAGAAAAAAAAAUAGAAAGGGGGGGGAAAAAAGCCAAACCAACAAAACCCUCCAAGAAACUGGGCAUGCUAAGGCAAGCUUUACAUGAAUCACCUAACACAGCAUUGCGGUGUGACAGUUUACAAAAACAUUUCCUUCUUGAAUGACGCAGCUGUUCCCACUUGCAGUAUAUUGCGUUGUGGUGGUGGUGGUGGUGGUGUAGUUGUUGCUGUUGUUUUACUUGGUGGUUUCUAUUAUGCCUUAUAGUGCUUGUGUCCAGAAGUUUGUGCCUCUAACAUGAAGCUAAAGGCAAAAAAUACCAAGACAGAAACCAGAAACCCUUUAAACUUUGCCAAAAUUCUGUGAUUUCUUUGAAUGUCAUAAAUGGGGGAGGAGGGAAGGAUUACGUCUUUCUUGGGAAUCUGUGUGUUCUAGGUGUUCAUUAGCACAAAAAAGCUGUAGUACAUGUUUUACAGAAACCUGAAACUUGCCUUUUUCACAAAUUUAACUGGCACGAUCCUUACAAAUAUAGGGUGGUGCAGUUAUAAGGGCAGUUUACUUUUUAUAAUUCAGACUCUUCUGAUUGUCAAGGUGUAUGGACUGUAAUUUUUAAUCAUACUGCCACAUGAUUGUGAAUUAACUUUUUUAAGUUUGAAAGUGGAGAAGAGACUUUUUAUGCUGGAUAUCAGUCAGAAUUGACUGCAUGAUUAGCAAAAACUCUAAAUGGGGAGAAAAGGGCUGCAUAUAAAGACAUUUGCUAGACUUCCAGCUUUUGGUUGUAAGGUGUGGAGGAAGACUUUGAGAUUACUCAACCUCAUGACCUUGUUACACAUUCUUCACAAAAGAAAAACUAUUAGGAAAAAGUAAAGACAUGUUAAUCCACAUGAGAAAAAUAAAAAUUACCCAGUUAAUUUAUUACAUGUGCUGCUGUUCUUGGAGAUCUGUGCUUGGUUAUCCUGCAGACUGUUACGUUAGGGAGCAAGUGUUAAUAUGCACAGCGUAUUAGCAGGGCCUGUGAAUGACCUACCUCUAGCUAAGAGACCUGUAAAGUGAGUAUGUUUUGGAGAGAAAGACAUAGGCUAGGAAAGUAAAGUCUCCUGAUGUAAUUAGCUGUGGUAUUUUAGAAUAUCAAACUUUUGUAAAUAUGGUCUCUCUUUUAACAUAAACCAUAAAUUCUAAAAUUUCAUACGCAUUAAACAAAUAAAGCUAUCUGUUCCUGUCCAGUUUGUUAGUUAGUAGAGAUCUUGCAAAACCAUAUGUUUAACCUGAAGAGUGACUGCUAUUUCCUCGGUUUUUGACUCUUGGUUUUGAGUUUCAUCAGUCAAACCAGAAACAUUUCUGUAUAGUCCACAAAUCACUGAGGAUCACAAUUUAGCUGGUUAAGGGGAUUUUAUUGUAAGUUUCACUCCAGUUUUUCCACAGUAGCCUUUCUGCAGGAGAGGAAGGAAUACAGAGGGAGAUUUUUAAGACAGUGUGACAAAUAUAAAGGCAGCCAGGUGAAUCUCACUGUAAAUCUGUUGGUUUGUUGUUUUGCUUCUUUAAACACAGUCUAAGCUGAAGUCUGUUGCUGGAUUCCUCCAUUAACCAUGCUGCAGGAAAUCCUAAUUUGACCAAUUUUCUUUUUUUCUUUUUUCUUUUUUUUUUAAUUUUGCUUGUUAGUUUUUUGUUUUCUUUGCAGAGUGUGGAGUUGAUGUCAGAUACGUUUUUAAACUUUCAGUAUUUAAAAAUAAAGAUCAUUUGCUGUUCAUAAAGAGUAAUUUAAAUGCAUGUAUUAUGUGUUGUUGAGGCACAGAAGUUGUUGUUGGUUUUUUUAACAGAAACAACUAAUAUUGUACAAUUACUGCCCCUAAAAAAUGUUGCUGGUUAAAAAUACAGUAUUUUUUGUCCAUGACAUCA